UCUCCCCAGAUAUGUUGCUGCUGUGGCCCUGCCCCAUGCUCACUGUGCUGCUCCUUCUGCCCCCCGGUGAAGUCAUCGUCCAGCACGAGGAUCAUGUACACACUCUUCCACAUCAUGGCCUGCGCCGUCUCCUGUCUCAUGCUCUCACGCACUGUCUCCGAGGCUGUCCGGGACAAUGUGCCUUUCUUCAACAUGGUGUGUGACCAGGCCCAUGGCGGAGGGCACUGUGAAAUGCUGGUUGGCUACUCAGCGGUCUACAGGGUCUGCUUUGGCACCGCCUGCUUCUACCUGAUGAUGGCGCUGUUCCUCAUCGAUGUCAAGUCCAGCCAGGACUUCAGAGCGCUCAUCCACAAUGGGUUCUGGUUUCUGAAGUUCAUCACCCUGCUUGGGAUGUGUACUGCUGCUUUCUUCAUCCCUACUGAGUCCUUCCUGCAUGCCUGGCACUACGUAGGCGUGGUGGGAGGAUUUGCCUUCAUCCUCAUCCAACUCAGUCUCAUCACAGCAUUUGCCCACACCUGGAACAAGAACUGGUUAACAGGGGCGGCAGAGGACAAGCGCUGGUACCUGGCGGUGAUGUGUGCCACCCUGUUCUUCUACAGCAUCGCCACCAUGGCCUUCACCUUCAUGUAUAAGUACUACACCCACCCCACAGCCUGCCAGUCCAACAAGGUCCUGCUCUGGACCAACCUGACCCUGUGUGGCAUCAUGUCCUUCAUUGCCGUCACGCCCUGUGUACAGCAGAAACAGCCUCGUUCAGGGCUCCUGCAGGCUUCGAUCAUCAGCUGCUACGUCAUGUACCUCACCUUGUCUGCCCUGUCCAGCCGGCCCCCAGAGAAAAUGGUGUACCAGGGGGUGAAUAUGACAGUAUGUUACCCCAGUGUGGGUCAGGAUGGCAUCCAGAAGGAGACCAACGCGGUGGCCAUUAUAGGAGCUGCCAUCAUGUACUGCUGUGUGCUCUUCGCAUGUAACGAAGCAUCCUACCUAGCAGAGGUUUUUGGCCCUUUCUGGAUGAUCAAAGUUUACCGCUAUGAGUUCCAGAAAGCCACAUGCUGCUUCUGCUGCCCUGACAAAGAGGAAGAGGUGGAGUUUGUGAUUGAUGAAGAUAUCAAGGGCUGCCAGAAGGUGAUUCACAACGAGAGCCAGAGAGUGGCUUACAGCUACUUCUUCUUCCACUUCGUCUUCUUCCUGGCCUCGCUCUACGUCAUGAUGACCCUAACCAACUGGUUCAGCUAUGAGUCAGCGGUGCUGGAGACCACGUUCACCCACGGCAGCUGGUCCACGUUCUGGGUGAAGAUGUCAUCGUGUUGGGCAUGCGUGGUGCUCUACCUCUGGCUGCUGCUGAGCCCACUCUGCCACUGUGGCUCUGACUCGCACCGCCCGCGACGCUCCCGCAUUAAACGGCGCUCAGCCAAUUCCUCCAGCCACGUCAGUGUCAGCGUCUGACCUGUGACCUUUGGGCCAGAGCCUGGCUUCUGGGGGUGGAGAACAGGAUAGGACAGCUGGCAGGGGAAGAUGGACAAUUGCCCCUGCUGUGGUACCCUGAAGGUGGAGGGUGGUUUUGAUGAUGUCCCCUUGCACCCUCCACCUGUCUCCCAUAUUGAGGUCGGAUGUCAGGGGUCAGAGAUGAGAGGUCAAGGGUCAGAGACUCACUGCAGCUAGAAGGACAGACUAACAGACUAACCAGAGGAUUAAUGAUUGAAUCUGAUGUUCCUCAAACAGACCACCUGAACCUCCAAACAUAGACCAAGGGACUAACCAGACUGUGCUCUGAAACAGGAACAAAGACCCUAUACAGAAUAACUACAUCCUGCCAUUCAAACUGAUUUCACAACAUUUCACUAUUGUUUCACUCGGUGAGCGAAGUAUUCAGUCUGGUUUAACCAGGCUAGAACCACUAUGGACUACUAUGCUGAGACUGCCAAAAGGGAACAAAAAGGAGGAGCUCUCGACUCGCGUACGACAGGAGCUGUAGGGAAAUUUUGGCUGACUUUUUACUCUUUUUGAAUAUUUUAUUUAUUAUAGUAAGGACUGUGUAGCACUUUUUAAAUUACAACCAGGGGUAGAUUUGUCAGUAGGAUCAUUAUUUUUCUCAGUGGUCUCAACAACUGAAGGUUUACCUGAAUGUUUCGGUGAAAGUUUCCCUGAACGUUUCACACCAUUUCGAAGGUUUACAUGAACAUUUUGCACAUUAGUGUGUUCAUACUGUUUGAUUAUGUUCGCUCUGGUGUGGAGCUAAUGUGAAUUAUAAAAUAAAAUAUUACUUAACACUUUCGCCAACAAGUAUAAUGCUAUAUUACUUGUUAUAAGCAUGUAUGAGCCUUUAUAAUGCCUUACAAUAAGGCCUAUACUGUUUUAUGUUGGCCGAGCAAAUUUCCAACAUACCUAAUGGCUUAUAUAGUCAGGAUCAUUAUGAGUUGAUUACAACACAUUAUAAGGGGUUCAUAUAUGCUCAUGACAAGUCUUUCAAUGCAUUAUAUCUGUCGGCUUUAAGUAAAGUGUUACCAAAUACUCUUAUACCAAUUAUUUAUUUUCGCAAUGCCUUUUUAACAUCGUGGGAGUGUUGUAUCCAUUUCUAAAUUGGUUUUUGAAAGGAAAAUGUGGUAAAAUUGUUUUGGCAGUUCAGUUUUACAAGUAACCCCAGCUACAAGACCCUGACAUGUUUGGUUUAAAGGGGCUCUCUGUGAUCUGGGGUGUAUUUGCUAGGAACCGAAUGGAAACAAAUGUGUCGAAACGGGAAGAGACCUACCUGGAAUUUUCCAAUAUGAAACGCUUGUUUUUGUAUUCACAUUUCAAAAUGCUUCGCUACGGAGUGCACUAAUGAAUGCACCCAUGUUUUAGAAGAACCAUGGAGGUUCGAAAGCCAAGUUUCUGUGAAGACUUCUCCACAGUUAAUGACCAAUUAUUUGACUCUUUAAAACCUUUGUGUACGAUACUAUAUUUAGGUCCUUUUUUAGCUCAUUUCAUGUUACUAUGAUAGCAGGUGUGUGAAGUUAUUUUUGUAAAUACAUUUUGUAAUGAAACACAGCUUCUGUUGAUUAAAGUGUGAUAUUUUUGUAAGCGAACAAC